CCCUUCUUUUUUGUAAGACCUCUUUCAUUCCUCUCAGAACUCUUCUGCACGUUGUGAGUCUGAAUUGGACAACUUCGAAGCAAUUGCACCUAGACUUUGCUCUUUUCGCUACGCAACGCCAACCUUUCUUUGCCUCUAUCUUGUUAGAGUAUUCGGUCUUCAAGUUCAGAUGUCGUCAUUCGCAGCAUCCAAGAUUCUCAUCUUUGGCGGCACGGGCACCAUUGGGCGGUACAUCACGUCGGCCCUGCUCCACGCCAAGCCCGCCUUCCAACAGCUGGUGCUUUUUACAUCACCGAAUAGCGCGAAAGAGAAGGCCGCGCAGCUGGACAAGUGGAAGUCGGAAGGUCUCUCGGUCAUUGUCGGUGACCUCACGUCCGAAAGCGAUGUCAAGGCAGCUUACACCGGCGUGGACACGGUCAUUUCGGCCGUGGGAAGAGGCGGCCUUCAGCACCAGAUCAACCUCUUGAAGCUGGCCGAGGACUCGGAGAGCGUCAAGUGGUUUCUGCCCUCGGAGUUUGGCACCGACAUCGAGCACAAUGAUAAGAGUCCAAACGAACGCCCUCACCAGCUCAAGUUGCAGGUUCGCAAGUACAUCCGCGAGAACCUGAAGCGGGUCAAGGUCACAUACGUGGUGACGGGUCCGUACUUCGACAUGUGGGUGAACGCCGGUUCCGGUCUCGAGGCAGCCGGCGGAUUCCUUCCCGAGCAGAAGCGGGCAUAUGUGAUUGGGGAUGGCAACGGAAAGGUUGGAUUUUGCACAAUGCGCGACGUCGGCAAGUUCGUGGUCGCAACGCUCAAGUCCCCGGAGGUGUCCUUCGGCAAAGCGCUCAAGGUGCAAAGCUUCGUGGUAACACCCAAUGAGGUUUUGGCCGAGUAUGAACGGCAAAGCGGCUCGAAAUGGGAGGUGAUCAAGACAUCACUCGACGAUGUCCGGGCAUUCGAGGCCAAGUUGUGGGAUGAAGGCGAACCCCGGGCGACGCUUGUCACGCUGCGACGGAUCUGGGCCGAGGGAGGCACCCUAUACGCCCAGAACGACAACAGCGUGCUUUCGCCCCAGCUAGAGGAAUUGGACACCCUCGAAGUUGCGGCCGAAUUGAACGCGCCUCAAGAUGUCCUCACUUGCCAGAAAAAGUCAGUGUCCUGGAAAGAGAAAGUGCUAUCCUUCGGGUCCAGCGAGAAUUCCAGCACAGCGACAGACUGUAUUCCCAUGACCGCGGCGUCGUUUGCCGCCAUUUCGGCCAUGUUUACUGUCGGCGGAUUGGUUGGCGCUCUGGCCGCCGGCCCGUUUACCUCCCGCCGCGGCCGCCGCCUCUCCAUGCAGGCCACGGCUGUCUGCUAUCUUGCCGGAUCCGCCGUCGAGACGUUUGCCGCGUCGGUUGCCGUCAUGAUCAUCGCUCGUUUUCUUACCGGUAUUGGAGCCGGCGCAAGCACCGUGAUCGUGCCGCUGUACAUUAGCGAGGUGGCCCCGCCCUCAAAGCGUGGCUUCUUUGGCGCUUUCACGCAGAUCAGCAUCAACGUUGGAAUUCUCUUCACCCAGACCCUGGGCUAUUUCUUGAGCCACGACAGCUCGUGGCGGUGGAUCUUCGGCACCGGCGUCAUCGUUGCCGUGGCCCAGACCCUCGGCCUACUGAUCGUCCCGGAAAGCCCGUCCUGGACGGCGAACGUCAAGGGAGACAUCGCCCGUGCGCGUCGCGCUCUCCAGCGAAUUCGAGGUAAGAACAGCAAUAUCGACGAGGAAGUGGAGGCCUGGGGGGCCGGCGACGGGAAACCGCCCGGAGAACGGGAGCGGCUGUUGGCGGGGGAAGACACCGAGGCGACCGAGCGCGGUGCCGGCCUACUAUCUCCUCCAUCAUCUUCUGGCUCGCGAGCCUCGAAGGCACACUUGGGCUUCGUGCAGGUUGUCCGUGACCCGCUGUAUCGGCCGGCUAUCACUGCUGUGGUGGGCAUCAUGUUUGCGCAGCAGCUCUGCGGCAUCAACUCCAUCAUCAUGUAUUCGGUGUCGCUGCUCAACGACCUUCUUCCCAUGAGUUCGGCGAUCCUGACCAUCAUCAUAUCGGUCAUCAAUCUCGGCACAACCAUCGCCGCGUCUCCGCUUCCGGACCGCCUCGGCCGCAAAACCUGCCUCCUCGCGUCCAUCAUCGGCCAGGGCUCGAGCUCCCUCGCGCUCGCCCUCUCGAUCAGGUUUGGGUUGAAGAUCCUGUCGGCGGUCGCCGUUCUGCUGUUUGUGGCUUUUUUCGCCCUUGGUCUCGGUCCCGUGCCUUUCAUCAUGGCCUCGGAACUCGUCGGGCCGGAGGCCGUGGGUGCGACCCAGUCGUGGGCGCUGGGAGCGAGCUACAUUGCGACCUUCCUCGUCGCCUAUCUGUUCCCCAUUGUCAACCAGGCUCUAAACGAUGCUCUGGGCGGUGCGGGGUGGGUGUACUUCAUUUUCGCGGGCUUUGCUCUUCUGUGGGCCAUGUUUGUCACGAGACAUGUGCCUGAGACCAGGGGGAAGCGGGAUGUGGAUGAGGUAUGGGGGCGGGCAAGACGUACUGACUGACGUUGGUGAGGCGUAUGGUUUGUUCUGGUUUAUAAGCCAAAAAAUAGGCCAGGUUCCAGAAACCGGCAUGCUCA